AUGGAUAUAAAAAAAGGGCGAAAUGACAAAGAAGAUGACCCUAGUUUAUCCUGUAAGAAACAGAAACUAAAUGAUACAGAAAACUUUGUAAUAAUGAACAGGAAAGAACGAGAGGAAUUAUUGCUUCAUGUAGACAGUGAAAAUGUAGGUGAAAAUGGAAAGAGUUAUAUUAUAGGUUGCAAUGGAGGCGCUGAUACCCAUACCGUUGCCCCCAUCGAUCGUAGUAAUGCUGGCCCCUUGGAGGAAGUGCACGGGAUUCCCCUCAGAUGUAGUCCAAACGUUCAGUUAGAAAUGAAGAAAAAAAAUUGUGAAAAAGUAUGUAAGAGUACACGCUUUGACAAACGAAGAGACAUGCUCCUAUGUAACACAAGGUAUCAUAACAGAUGGAAUCAUAUUAAUAAUGCUGAAAAUGCAAAUAGAAAUGAUGUCUACAAAAAGAACAUUGUUGAUGAAAAUAAUAGAAAGAUAUUAAAGAAAUAUUUAAAAAAAAAGAAUAAAUCUUUUAGUGAUAUAAGUGAUACGUAUAAAGUAUUAAUAAAUGUAUGUCUAAAGGAAAUAAAGAAAAAUAGCACUAACCGAGAAGGGAUUAACAAUAUUUUUAAGAUGUUAAAAGAUUGUGGUUUGUUAAUUGGUGAUAACAGAUCUGAUGGUUAUAAAGAGUAUUGUUAUAAAGAGGAUGGUUACAAAUCGAAUGAUGAUUUUUUUUUUUCGAAGAAUGAUAAACAUAGAAUCAUGACUACUACCCCUAGAGGGGAAGAUAGAUUACCAUAUUGUGAUAAUUUUUUUGACACAUCGGAACAUGUAAAAAAGGAGAAAUUAAAUGAAAACAACAUAAAUAGCAAAAAGCAUAAAAGGGCAAGCAAUCCCAUUGAGGGCAAUUGUGAAGAGAGCGUUAUGAGUUACAUUACUGAUCGUGUAGAGCACUGGUCCAACGAUUAUAGUUUUAGUCACAACAGAAGCAAUGAUCAUGAUAAUGAGCAUGGAAUUGCUUAUAGACACAAGAAUGUACAAGAAAAACGCAGGAGCAGCACCGCAUAUGGGGAUUACUGUGGCAGGUGUGAUAACUUAGAGCACAAGCACGAGCACUGCCUGCCGUUGAAUCGUAAUGCUAGUUGUAUUAGCUGCUCCAAUACAGCAGUUCAUAAUAAAACGUCAAACUAUUAUUAUCGUACCGUCAAUAAUGGAGCCAUGUACAAUCAUGCCACUGUUAAUCAUGCCCUCGCUGCAAGCCGCAGUGUAACGUUCGGCUGUGCUUCUGAAGGGGAAGAGUUCAUAAACAGUUUGACAAGAAAAAAGAAAAAACUAAAGAGCGGAACGGAGGAGAAGAAGCACGAUAUAGAUGAACUAGUGAAGCGAAGGAAAAGAGAAAUUUGGACAGAAAAUAAAAUAGAAUGUGAUAUGUUUAAUAUUUUUAAAAAUGUAAUAAAUAUGCUAACCUGUAUAUAUCCACAGCAUAAUGUGAAAAAAUUUUUUUUUAACAGCCAAAAUAAAUUAAAAGAAGAAUAUGAAAAUAAUAAAAAUAAAUCGAUAAAAUUAACAAGUUAUGAAUGUAAUAGAUAUAAUAAUUUAUAUAAUAAAAUAAAACAUAAAUUAUUUUAUGCAUAUAAUGAUACGAAAAAAAGAAAUAGUAUAAUUAAUACUAGGUAUAAAUAUGAUAUAUAUAAUUAUUGUCUAAAAAAUAUUAAGAGAAAUAUAACUAUAUUAUCACACUUCCUUCCACAGAAAAAAGAUUAUAAUUUUAUUACAAAAAUUAUGUUUGAUCAUUUGUUUGAGAAUAUUAUAACAUCAGGAAAGGAUGGAUUUAUAAAAAUUUAUCAUGUUAUGACUGGAAAUUUAAUUUUAUGUAUAAGAGCACAUAAUUAUUCUAUUACUGAUUUUGAUAUACAUAAAUCGAAUAAAUAUAUUAUAUCUUGUGAUGAAAAAGGUAUAGUAAAAUUUUGGCUAGUUGACAAAUAUAAAUAUAAGGUUUUAUUUACAUAUAGAAGAACAUUUUUUAUGAAGAAGGUUAUAUUUUUUUAUAAUGAAGCAAAGAAGUCAAGUAAGAAUUUUUAUAAAACAUAUGCAUUGUGUUCUACAAAUUCGUAUUUUUUUAUAAUAAAAUUUGAUGAUUUACAUAAUGAUAUUCAUUUAAUUAAGUCAGUAGAUAUGUGUUUAGAAGGUACUAAAUUUUUCCCUUACCUCCGCUUUUCUUACUCGUUAAAUUAUAAUAUUGCUCCAUAUAUAUACAGCAAUUUAAUUAUAUCAAAAAAUCCUAUUAAAGAGCUCAAAAAUAGCUAUUUGAUUUUUAUAAAUACACAGAAUGAUUGUGUGGAUAGGCUGAAUGAAGAUGACUUUGUCAAUGCCAACAGUGGUAGCGCCAUUUGCUACGGUAUCAACGAUGGCAGCAGUGCGAUUGCCUGUGCUAAUGUGAGUGCUAAUGUGAGUGCUAAUGCUAAUGCUAAUGCUAGUGCUAAUGCUAAUGCUAAUGCUAAUGCUAGUGCUAAUGCUAGUGCUAAUGCUAGUGCUAAUGCUAGUGCUAAUUCGAAUUCCAAAAUGAGGAGAAAGAAACUCAUGUUCCUUUUACUGACGACAAAAAUAAUUUAUGAUAACGAUGAGGAUAACAGUGAACAGCUGAAUAUAUCCCCAAAGGAUGUUGUUAUAACAAAAUAUGUCAACAAAAUUGAUGAUCAUAUUUAUAACAAUCUGCAUGCAGAUGAUGUUAUCGAACUAUCAUAUAAAGGAGAAAAAAACGAAGAAGAUAUAUCCUAUCGAAAAAUUUUCCAAUAUUUUGAAAUUAACAUAUUACAGAAUGUUAAAAAUAAUAUCGGUUUCGUUAUGUUUAAAAAAUUUGAAGAUUUUAAUGAGGAAGUAUUAUUAUUUGUUUUUUCAAACAAUUCAGCAGAUUUCUUAACUGUUCAUACAAAUGGAUCUAUUUAUUUGUGGAAUUUCCAAAAUUACCUGAACGAUGUUAAUAAAAAAAAAAAAAAAAAAAAAAAAAACAUACAAAUGGUAAAUAAAAAAGCACACGAUUGCAAAAGUAAAAUUUCAAUCUGCUGCUUUUACACUUCACUUUACGUGGAGUUCAUAUUGGAGUCCUCGGCGCUUAAUGAGAACAACAAGGCAAAACAUAAUCAUAAUACCAGCAAUAAUUACAACAAUAUUAGAAUUAGGGGAAACCUUAUUAGUAGUAGAGGUAAUAUUAACAGGGGUAACAAUAGUUGUAAUAAUAUUAGCGGCAGUGGUAACACCGACAAUGGAAACAACAACGCCAAUAACAACAUCAGUAAUAACUGCGGAUAUAAUAAUAAUAAUAUGUUGAGCGAAAUAAACAGGGAAAAUGAAAACAAUAAUUUAUUUAUCAUAUCGUCCACGUCUUGCUCCUCAUACUGUUACUCAUCAAGUGAGCAAGAGGACUUGUCCAAGGAAAAUCAUGAAAAGAAAAUAAAAAAAAAUAAAUUUACGAAAACGCAGAAAAAUCAGGAAGGCAUUAGUAUUAGCAGUAGUAGUGGUAGUAGCAGCUUACUAGUUAAAAGUUUCGGUUCUAGUUAUCGUAAUAUAUUAAGAAAUAGCGGACCAAAUGGAGCCAUUACUAGUAGUAUUAGUGGUAAGCCUGAGCAAAUACAAAAAGCUGUUCAUUGUUUGUAUAAUGAAAAAUCAAAUAACAAAUCAAAGUUGAGGGCAAAAAAACUGCAUUAUAAAAUAAGUAAUAUCUCAUUCAAUUGUUCAGAUGAAUAUAUUAUAGUUGCUGAUGGUAUAACAAAUAAAUCAAAUGCUUCGAAAGAAAGCAUUAAUGCUGUUACAAUGAAAACAAAUUUGUCCAUAUUUUAUAGAAUAACAUGUGAAGAGAUUAAAUAUUUUGAUUUGAAGAAAUGUGAUAGUUAUGUAAGUUUUAUUGAACCAAAUCCAUAUUACAAGGAUGUAGUUCUCUUUGCAUGUUUUAGAAAAUAUAUUUACUUAUUGAAUGUAAAGAAAAAAAAAAUUAUAAAAAAAUUUUCGUACGAUAGUGAGUUAAAAAAUAUAAGUGCACAAUGGAAUAAAAAUGGUCAUAUUUUUAUUGUGUCACAUAAUUAUGGUUAUUUUUCUAUUUUUACAAUGAAUAAAAAUUGUUGUUACAAAUUUACCUUAACAGAACAGUUAACUUCUUCACAGGUAUGUUAUUUAAAUGAACCUAAUUCUAACGAAAAUGUCGAAAAUUAUGAUAAUAUUAGUGUUCUCCCUGAUGUGUUUAUAUAUGAUUCGUAUGGUGGAUACAAUGAAAAUGAUAGAGCAGUACUUCCCGUGCGGGGUAACACCAAUCGUAUUAACAAUGUUAGCAGUGCUAAUCGUAUUAACAAUGUUAGCAGUGCCAAUCGUAAUAACAAUGUUAGCAGCACAAGUCGUAAUAACAAUAGUAACAACAUUGCUACCAAAUGGAGCGCGCUUUUAAGUCGGGCGAACAGCCCCCCACUCAGCAGCAAUAUUGAGGGAAACAUUGAUGUAAGUGGAAGUGGUAAUAACGUUUCAUAUAGCACACGGAGUAAAACUUGUCAAAACCAUAGCACAAGUGGAAACACCAGUUGUACUCUCAAUCAUAACGGAAAGUGCAGUGACAAUCAUAAUAAUACACACGAUGUAAAUAAAGAUGGAAACAGGAGCAGAACAAGGAGGGGGAGGAAAAGCAGUAGAAUUAUAGAAGACAGUUCGGAUGUGUCAAGCUCAGCCAAUACAGUGUAUACCUUAUAUACCGACAGCAAUUCCAAGUACUCGAUCAAAGAGGGGAAUGAGAAAAAAAAUAUAAAAAAAAGCCAUAAUGAUAAUGGUAGUAAGAACUCUAAUGGGAAAAACAAUAGCAAUGAUAAUAACAAUGAUAGUGGGAACAACAAUGAUAGUGGGAACAACAAUGGUAAUGGAAACAACAAUGAUAGUGGGAACAACAAUGGUAAUGGAAACAACACAACAAUGGUAAUGGAAAACAAUGAGUGGAACAACAAUGAUAGUGGGAACAACAAUGAUAGUGGGAACAACAAUGAUAGUGGGAACAACAAUGAUAGUGGGAACAACAAUGGUAAUGGAAACAACAACGAUAGUGGGAACAAUAGUAAUGUCGAUGAAAGGAGGGGAAGUGAUGAUGUGAAGAUAAUCGAUGAGGAUCCAUAUGGGAUGCAUGGAGGUACAGAUGUAAUAAACCUGGAUAUCACUCCAUCAAAUAGUAAAGAAAUCAUAAAUGUCGAGGAUAUGCAUCAGGAAUGCAUGAAAUAUAAUAACUCGACGGGAAAAAAAGAAAUUAUAAAUAUUGACAAUGUAAUAAGUAGAAGCAUUCGUCUGUAUCCACUUAAGAACAAAAGGAAUAGCAGGAAGGAAAAGCGAACACUGAAAGCAGAGGAGAAUACACACACAAAUAAUAGCAUGAAUAAUAGCGUAAAUAAUAGUAUGAAUAACUACACGAAUAAUGCUAACAGGAGUGAACGCACCGGUGCAAACAAAACUACAAGUAAAACCCCAAACGUAGAUAUAACAAACGACAGUAAUUACAUUCAAAUAUUUGAUAGUGGGAAUCAGACGAAAAGCUCAGAUGAAUGCAUUUUAGAUGACAAGAAAACGGAAAAAAAACAUAGAUAUUCAAAUAAUGACAAAAGGAGUAAAUUAAAAGAAGUUUUUAAUUUAGAAAAGGAUCAUGAUUGUGAUAAGUUGUAUGCUUUAAAAAGAGAACACAUUAUGAGCGAAGAAUUGGAAUCUGAUUUUGAUAAACACAGUUCUAUUAGUUUUUUUAGUAACGACUCGAAUUAUGAAAAAUACUCGGAAAACUUACCAGGGCAGUUUGAGAGUAGCACCGAUGAGGAAGAUGGUGCAUUAGGCGGAAAAGAUUUGGGGGUAAAAUGGUUCCAUAACUAUGAUUAUGUUAAUGAUAGUGAUAGUCAUUUACAUGGAGAAAAUCAGUCUAUUCAAGAAAUAGAUCCUUAUUUAUAUCGUAACAGUGGUGUAUCUUUUAAAAUAACAAAUGAUUAUCGAAGAAACCAUUACAGUCCGGUUGAUCAGCAUGAGAAUGACUUGGAGUAUGGUAGGAAAAGGAAAAAACAAAAAACGAUAAGCCAUUAUUACAUGGAAGAUGUGAAGAAUACAAUGCGAAUGAAUGAAAGUAAUAUUCAAAAUAGGAAUAGAAACCAUCUGAAUGGUAAGGAUGAUGAUGAGGAAAAAUGUAACCAUGCAUAUUCUAUUAAUACAUCAAAAAGUGCACAUCGAUUGUAUUUGUCAUAUAAGAAAGAAAAACGAAAUCGUAAAGAAGAAAAUAGACACUUGUUAAACAACUUUAGUAAUACAAAUGUAUUUGUUGAUAAAAAAUUUAAAAUAUAUGAACAAGAAUUACAACCCUUACUACCACAAUUCUCAAGCUUCAAUUCGUAUAAUAGCUAUUUUGAUCAUUUAAAAUUUUAUAGUAUAGAUCCUGUUUGUGUACAUAUAAAUUAUUUUAAUUACUUGACUACAAAGUUGAUAACAGACGAGAAAGUGAAUUAUAAAACUAUUAUUAUUUACAGUAUAUUAUAUAAAAUUUUAUUAAAUUAUAGAAGAGAACACCCAUUCAUAUCUGAGUUGGAAUGGUCCUCAAAUCGUAACUGCAGUGAAUACCACCAUAAGGAUAGAAACGAUAGUAAUAGAAAUUGCAAAAAUGAGGCUACGUUUCUAUGUAAGAGUGAAACUAAAAGCACUUCGAUAAAGGAGCUUCCAGGUCGAACUUUUCUGCAAAAUGAAAAUAUUUUCAUUAACGAUAUUAGUAGCUGCACGAUUGGUGCUCUAGAUGAACCAACAUCAAUCAAUUUGAAGGAAAAGUAUAACUGGAUUAGCAGUAUAAAUCGUGUAGGAAGCAGUGGAGGUAAUUCAGCAAAUGGAACUACACAAGCCUUUAUUCAUGAGAACGAAAUAGCAAGGAAGACGAACGAAUGCAUGGAAAUAUUCAAAAAUGAGAACAGUAGUAGAAAGAAAUACAAGAAUAGCUACAUAAACGCGAUGAAAAUUAGCAGUAUAUACAAGCUUGUUAAUGAAGAAAAGGGUUAUAAGGAUAUAUUUCCCCUUGGCAAAGAAUAUUAUAAUUAUGAUGACGAGAGGGAAGAAAUGAGCAACUCUAUAUUUUAUCGAUUUUUAAAAAAAUUGCCAUGCAAAGAUGAAGAAGAUGUUGAUAGUUAUAUUUACUAUAACAGAAAAAGUUACUAUGGGUUAAGAGUACAAACAUAUUUUAAGCGUUAUUUAAAGCAUUAUGAGGAAGCAGAUAAAUGUAAAGAGGAAUAUGAUUAUAGGUUAUUUGUAUUUUCAAAUAAUAAUAGGAUGAUAUAUAUGAAUAGUCAUACAAAGAAUAUGUUACAUAUGUUACAAGAAAAAUAUAUAAAAAAUUUAAUAAGAGAAAAUUAUAAUUUAUUAAAUAAUUCUCCAUUAAAAGGAAGAAAUUGUAUUAUAAAAAAUAUUGAUCAUAUUAUGACUUGUGCAUAUUUUAAUCCAUAUUCUGUUUAUGUUCGAUCACCUAUUGACAGUUAUGAUUUAGUAAAUUCUAGAAGUUUUAAUAAUUCUUUUUUAUCAAGUUAUGCUAGAUAUAAUGAUAUCUUUACGAUGUUUAGAAAUAAUUUAUAUACUGCUAAUAAUAAUGCUAGUAAUUCAUUAAAUUAUGAAAACCUCGCUAGUUCAGGUAGAAAUACUGAAAUUGCUGUUAUUAGUGAAGAUUCAUCUAAUUUUACGAGUGACCAAUCCGCUAACUACUUUUCGGAUGAAGAAGAAGAUGAUGAUGAUGAUGAUGACGAUGAUUAUGAUAACGAUGAUUUCGAUUAUACUUGUAGUAAUGCUUCAAAUUCUUAUAAUAGACGAUACAGAAGGAACAGAAACAGAAAGAGAGCCAGAACUGCUAGAGGUGGUAGAUCCAGUGUACGGAAUAAUAGAUCGCGUAGAACAACUGGUAGAAAUAGAAAGAAAAAUGAAAAAAAAAAAAGAAAUACCGAUAACUUACCUAAUUUGAAUUUAAGAAAAAGUGAUAGAUUGAAAAAUAAAGAGCAGAAUAAUAAGAAAGAAGGGAUUAAUAAUAAUAAUAAUAAUGCGGCUAGUAGUAGACAUACUAGAAGCUUCUUGAGUAAUUCGAGAAGUCGUUACAACACCAGGUCUUCCAAUAUUAAUAAGGAUUUUAUGUAA